GCCAAUAUGGAGCCAGAGGACAUGCCGUGGCCAGGAGAGCUCGAGGAGGAGGAGGAAGAGGAGGAGGAGGCGGAGAACUUGGACGAGUACGAGUUGGUGAUGGUGGAGGAGGUGGAGGAAGAGGAGGGGCGGGAGCCGGACGCGGAUUUUAACUACGAGAGCCAGCGUCGGGAGAGUACGGACGACGAGGAGGAUGAGGAGGCCAAGGCCUGGCUGCAGGCGCACCCCGCCGGGACUUUGCCUCAGCCGUCGCUCCCGAGGCACCGCUACUCGGUGGGCGAGCUGACCAGCCCGGGGAAGGUUGUUCCAUUGACCUGUCAUGUAUGGCAACAGCCAUUAUAUCAAAACAAUAGUGGAACACAGAUUCCUGAUACUAAUGUGGUCUCUUUGGAAAAAACAGCUCAGUGGGGUUCUGGGGAUGACCAGAGAACAGAAUCUUGGCAUUAUCUUCCUCAAGAAAUGGACUCUUCCCACACCUUGGAUACAACCCAGACCAGGUUUAAUGUGAGAGAGAAAGGGACUGAAGUGACAGACUUCCCCUCUCUGGAGGAAGGUAUAUUGAUCCAAUCAGAAAACCAAGUAAAGGAGUCGAACAGAGAUCUCUUAUGUUCUCCAUUGCUAGUCAUACAAGACAAUUUCGCUUCUCCUGAUUUGCCUUUGCUGACAUGUUUGACAAAAGAUCAAGAGUUUGGGCCUGAUUCCUUGUUUCACCAAAGUGAACUAGAUUUUGCACCUCUGAGGGGAAUUCCUGGUAAGUCUGAAGACACUGAAUGGUUUUCUCGACCGUCGGAAGUUAGUGAAGCUUUAUUCCAGGCAGCCUCAGAGGUAGCUUCAAACUUAGUUAACAGUUGCUUUAGUGUAUCUCAGCACCCACUUACAGGUAGUACAGCUAUUGAGUCUCAGCGCUCUUUAUUAACUCUUGAACAAGGGACUAAAGAAGAGACUGUUUCACCUGAUACACUUGAGGAUCUGAAAACCCCCAAAGACUCUGAUAGUUAUGAUGCUCUUUAUUCAUAUAUGUCAUGGAAGACACAAGAAGUUAUACAGGAGCCAGAAACCAAUUUAGCUGAUAAAGAUCAAGUUUCCUUUUCAACUGCAUCUGAUACAAGUGAUGAAUACAUAACUCCUAAAGGAAGUGACAGUUUUGAUGCUUCUUGUUCAUAUGUGCAAUAUGGGAAACAGGAAGCUUUACAACAGUUAGAAAAAUAUUUAACCAAGGGCCUGCAGGGGAAGGCUGAAUCUGACAUCUAUACUCUGGAUGAUGAUACUGAAUGCUGUAGCCUAGAUGAAAAUGCUGUUGUAUGCAGGAAAAGAGUUGUUGAACUACAAAGAGAGAUACGUGACCAAGGUGACCUGACUGGUGAGUGCAUUAAGCUAGCAGGUUUAGAAAAUUUGCUUGAUGAUCUAGAGAUUUGUGACAGCUCCCUGCACUGGCAAUCUACUGUACAGCUGCCAUCUAAGGAAGAGAGCAGUUUUGAAGAGCCUGUAUAUCCUUCUAAUAUGGACAUUAAUCAGUCUUUUUCAUCUGUAUUGCCUCCAUUUGUUCCUCAUGAGCCAACUAGAGAGUUGGAGUAUCACUCUUCAGAUCUCAGAAUGUUGAGGGUGUCUCCUGACACUGUGCCAGGGACUCUCAAACAUUCAACAGGGGAUACGUCCAAAGGAGACAUAGCUGAAAUUCCUCAAUCCACCUUGAAACCAGGCAUCACUACCACUCCUGAAGAUUCAGACACUGUAUCUCAUUUAUCCUUGUCCCCUGAGGACUUUCCUCAGUUGGCUGGAAGGUCUCCUCAAGUGAAGAAUAUUGGUCAACAUACUGAUACUCUCAACCAACAGACAUUAGCAGACAGUCGUCUAACUGAAGAGGCUCUAAAAGUUUCAGCUGUUCCUGGGCUAGCUGACCAGAAGACUGGGAUAGCAACAGUGCCCUCUAGUUCCUACUCACAAAGAGGGAAGCCAAAUAUUUUCUACCCACAGGGUUUGCCAGACGGUCAUCUAACUGAAGAGGCUCUAAAAGUUGCAGCUGUUCCUGGACUUGGUGACCAGAAGACAAGUAUAUCUACAGUCCCUCCAAGUUCCUACUCACUUGGAGAGAAGCACAGUAUUUUCUACCCACAGGCAUUGCCAGACGGUCAUCUAACUGAAGAGGCUCUAAAAGUUGCAGCUGUUCCUGGACUUGGUGACCAGAAGACAAGUAUAUCUAUAGUCCCUCCAAGUUCCUACUCACUUGGAGAGAAGCACAGUAUUUUCUACCCACAGGCAUUGCCAGACGGUCAUCAAACUGAAGAGGGUCUGAAUGUUUCAGUUCUUCUUGGACUAGCUGAUCUAAAGACUGGAAAACCAACAGUACCGGCUAGUUCCUACUCAGUUGGAGAGGAGCCUGGUAUUUUCUACCAACAGGCCUUGCCAGGCAGUCAUCUACCAGAAGAGGCUCUGAAAGUUUCACCUUCUCCUAGACCAGUUGAUGAAAAGACUGGGUUGCCUACUGCAUCCUCUACUUCUUACUCACAUGGAGAGAAGCCUCGUAUUUUCUAUCAACAGACAUUGCCAGAACGUCAUCUAACUGAACAGGCUCUGAAAGUUUCAGCUGCUUCUGGACCCCCUGAACAGAAGACUGGGAUUCCUAUAGUAACUUCUACUUCUUACUCACAUAGAGAGAAGCUCAGUAUUUUGUGUCAGCAAGAGUUGCCAGACAGUCAUCUAACUGAACAGGCUCAGAAAGUUUCAGCUGCUCCUGGAUUGGCUGAGCAGAAGACUGGGAUUCCUACCGUACACUCUACUUCCUAUUUACAUAGAGAGAAGCCCAGUAUUGUGUACCAGCAAGAGUUACCAGACAAUCAUCUAAUUCAGCAGGUUCAGCAAGUUUCAGCUGCUCCUGGAUUGGCUGAACAGAAGACUGGGAUAUCGACAGUACCCUCUACUUCCUAUUCACAUAGAGAGAAGCCCAGUAUUGUGUACCAGCAAGAGUUACCAGACAAUCAUCUAAUUCAGCAGGUUCAGCAAGUUUCAGCUGCUCCUGGAUUGGCUGAACAGAAGACUGGGAUAUCGACAGUACCCUCUACUUCCUAUUCACAUAGAGAGAAGCCCAGUAUUUUGUACCAGCAAGAGUUACCAGACAAUCAUCUAAUUCAGCAGGUUCAGCAAGUUUCAGCUGCUCCUGGAUUGGCUGAACAGAAGACUGGGAUAUCGACAGUACCCUCUACUUCCUAUUCACAUAGAGAGAAGCCCAGUAUUUUGUACCAGCAAGAGUUGCCAGACAAUCAUGUAAUUCAAGAGGUUCAACAAGUUUCAGCUGCUCCUGGAUUGGCUGAGCAGAAGACUGGGAUUCCUAUAGUAACUUCUACUUCUUACUCACAUAGAGAGAAGCCCAGUAUUUUGUACCAGCAAGAGUUGCCAGACAGUCAUCUAACUGAACAGGCUCAGAAAGUUUCACCUGCUCCUGGACCCCCUGAGCAGAAAACUGGGAUUCCUAUAGUAACUUCUACUUCUUACUCACAUAGAGAGAAGCCCAGUAUUUUCUACCAACAGGAUUUGCCAGAUAGUCAUCUAACUAAAAAGGCUCAGAAGGUUCCAGCUCUUCCAGGACUAGCUCACCAGAAGAGUGGGACACCAAUAGCACCCCCUGCUUUCUACUCACAUAGAGGGAAGACCAGUGUUAUCUAUCAGCAGGAGUUGCCAGACAGUCAUCUAAGUGAUCAGACUCAGAAAAUUUCAGCUCUUCCUGGGCCAGUUGACCAGAACACUGGGAUACAGACAGUACCCUCUGGUUCCUACUCACAGAGGGAGAAGCCCGUUAUUUUUUACAGGCAGGAGUUGCCAGACAGUCUUCUAACUGAAGAGGCUGUAAAAGUUUCGGCUUUUCCUAGAACAGCUGACCAGAACACUGGGAUACCAACAGGGUCGUCUAGGUCCUACUCAUUUGGAGAGAAGCCAGGUGGUUUUUUCUACCAGCAGGUGUUACCAGAUAGUAAUCUAAGUGAAGAGGCUCUGAAAGUUUCACCUGCGUCUAGACCAAGUGACCAGAAGACUGGUAUACUCUCAGUACCUGCUAGUUCCUACUCACAUAGAGAGAAGCGCAGUAUUUUCUACCCACAAGCCUUGCCUGGCAGUCAUCUAUCUGAAGAGGCUCUGAAAGAUUCAGCUAUUUCUGGACUAGCUGAUCAGAAGACUGGGACAUCCGAAUCUUCUGGUUCUUACUCACAUAGAGAGAAAUCCAGUGUUUUCUACCAACAGGAGUUGCCAGAUAGUCAUCUAACUGGAGAGGCCCGGAAAGUUUCAGGUGUUACUGGAACAGGUGACCAGAAGACUGGGAUACCUAUAUUAACCUCUAAUUCCUACUUACAUAAAGAGAAGCCCAUUAUUUUCUACCAGCAGGCCUUACCAGAUAGAUAUCUUACUGAAGAGGCUCUGAAUGUUUCAGCUGCUCCCGGACCAGCUGACCAGAAGACUGGGAUACCUGCAGUACCAUCUAGUUCCUAUUCAUAUAGAGAGAAGCCCAUCAUUUCUUACCAGCAAGAGUUGCCAGAUCUUACUCAAGUGGCUUUAAAAGUUUUAGAGGUUCCUGGACCAGCUGACCAGAAGAUUGGGAUACCAGCAAUAAUCUCUACUUCUUCCUCAUAUGGAGAGAAGCCCAUCAUUUCUUACCAGCAAGAGUUGCCAGAUCCUAAGGAAGAUGCUUUAAAACGUUUAGAGCUUCCUGGACAAGCAGACCAGACCACUGGUAUGCGAACUGUGCCCCCUACUUCCUAUUCACAUAGAGAGAGCCCCAUCUUUUCUUACCAGAAGGAGUUGCCAGAUAUUACUGAAGAAACUUUGAAAGUUUCAGCUGUUCCUGGACCAGCUGACCAGAGGAUUGGGAUACAAAUAGUCCCCUCUAGUUCCUACUCAUAUAGAGAGAAGGCCGAUGUUUUUUACCAGCAGGAAUUGCCAGAUCUUACUGAAGAAACUUUAAAAGUUUUUACUCUUCCUGGACCAGCUGACCAGAACGCUGAGAUACCAACAGGGCCUUCUAGUUCUUACUCACAUAAAGAGAAACUCAAGAUUUUACCAGAUGACCAGAAGGCUGAGUUACUAUCAGCUCCCCUUAGUUCCUACUCACAUAGAGAAAAGCCUGAGACUUCAACUGUGAUUGGACCAGAUGACCAGAAGACUCCAUUACUCACAGGUUUUCCUAAUUCUUAUUCUCAGAGAGUAAAGCCCAGUAUUUUCUUUCAACAGCAGUUGCCAGAUGGACAUCAAAGUGGAGAUAUUCUUAAGAUUUCACCUGUUCCUGAACCAACUGAUGUGAAUUCUUGGAUACAAAUACCUCUUUCUAGUUCCUAUUCACAGAGAGAGAAAUCUAAUAUUUUCUACCCAGAGGAAUUGCCAGACAAACAUCUCACUGAAGAUUCACUGAAGGUUUCAACAGUUCCUGGACCAGCUGACCAAAAAACUGUGUUACCAGCAGUUCCUCCUAGUUCCUUUUCACUUAGAGAGAAACCAAUUCUUUUCUACCAACAGGAUUUGCCAGACAGACAUCUAACUGAAAAUGACCUGAAGUUCUCAAGUAGUCUUGGGCAAGCUGGUCAGAUUACUGGGUUAUCAACAGUUCCCCCUAGUACUUAUUCACAUAGUGAGAAGCACAAACUUGUUUCAGACCAUGUCCAAAGGCUGAUAGAUAAUUUGGAUUCUUCUAACGCCAGUGUUAUCUCAAACAAUAUGCCUUUAAAUUCUCAGGCUGAUGGUAGAGUUGUAAUAAAUAAGCCAGAAUCUUCAGGUUUUGAAGAUGUUGGCUCUAAGGAAAUCCAGGAUACGGAAAACAGUUCCAAAACUCUUAAAGAGGUUCAGACACUUUUAAUGGAAGCAGAAAAUAUAGCACUGAGACGAUGCAAUUUUCCUGUUCCCCUUGUCCCUUUCAGAGAUGUUAGUGAUAUCUCAUUUAUACAAUCUAAGAAGGUGGUUUGCUUCAAAGAACCCCCCACAACUGAUGCAUCUAAUGGUGAUUUGUCUCAGAGACAGCCAUUCACAGAAGAAAGCCCAAGCAACAAGUGCAUACAGAAGGAUAUUAGCACACAGACGAAUCUGAAAUGCCAGAGAGGCACUGAAAAUUGGGAGUUUAUUAGUUCAACUACAGUUAGAAGUCCUUUACAGGAAGCAGAAAGCAAAGCCAGAGUGGCAUUAGACGAAACCCUUAGGCAAUAUAAAGCAGCCAGAUCUGUAAUGAGAUCUGACCCUGAAGGGUAUAGUAGAACCAUUGAGAAUAAGAUUGUUAUUCCUAUGAUGACUGUCAUUAAAAGUGAUUCAAGUAGUGAUGCAAGUUCCUGCUCAUGGGACAGUAAUUCCUUGGAGUCAGUUUCUGAUGUGCUUCUAAACUUCUUUCCAUAUUCUUCACCCAAGACAAGCAUGACAGAUAGCAGAGAGGAAGAGGGUGUGUUAGAGAGUGACGAUGGUGGUGGUAGCAGUGUAGAUUCACUGGCUGCACAUGUGAAAAACCUUCUGAAAUGUGAAUCCUCAUUGAACCGUGCUAAACAAAUACUCAGAAAUGCAGAGGAGGAGGAAUCUCGGGUACGGGCACGAGCCUGGAAUCUGAAGUUUAAUAUGGCUCAUGAGUGUGGCUACUCCAUUUCAGAAUUAAAUGAAGAUGACAGGAGAAAAGUAGAAGAGAUCAAAGCAAAGUUGUUUGGUCAUGGGAGAACAACUGACUUGCCCAAGGGUUUACAGAGUCCACAGGGAAUAGGAUGCAAGCCAGAAGCUGUAUGUAGUCACAUUAUUAUUGAGAGCCAUGAAAAAGGAUGUUUCAGGACUCUAACAGCUGAACGGCCACAAUUGGACAGCCACCCUUGUGUUUUCAGAUCUGCUGAACCCUCAGAAAUGAUCAGAGGACAACGGAGCCCAUCAUCAUGGACAACCAGGCACAUCAACCUUGCCAAGUCACUGGACCAGAACAACUCCCAUUUCAAAGUUUGGAAUUCAUUGCAGUUACAAAGUCGUUCCCCAUUUCAAAACUUUAUAGGUGAUGACUUGAAAAUUAGCAAGGGUCUUCGAAUGCCAUUCCGUGAAAAGUUGGACCCUUGGCUGUCAGAAUUAGUAGAACCUGCUUGUAUGCCACCUGAAGAAAUGGAUUGUCAGUCUUCAUCACAAAUGCUGCCCCCAGAACCCAUGAAAAAGUUUACUACCUCCAUCACUUUCUCAUCUCACCGACAUUCUAAAUGCUUUUCAGAUUCCUCUUUUCUUAAGGUUGGUGUUACUGAAGGUAGCCAGUGUACUGGAGCAUCUGUGGGGGUAGUUAAUUCUCAUAUCACUGAAGAGCAAAAUCCUAGAGAUCUAAAAGAGAAAACCUCUUCCCCUUCAUCAUUUAAAAUCAUUAGUCAGUCACCAGAUAAAACUGUGACUAUUAUAGCAGAAAAUAGUAGGGAAAGCCAAAAAUUAUCUGUUGAACAUUCUCACCAAGAAGAAAAACCCUUAGAAAGAUCAGAUUUUAAAGGCAGUCAUUAUAAGCCCAGUACCAGUGCAAAUGAUAGCAAUUUCAAGGAAGUUCAUUUUUCUGAUGACGAUACUCUCAUUAGCAUGGGCAGACCAAGUUCCACACUAGGAGUAAAAGAGAAGAAUGUAACUAUAACUCCAGAUCUUCCUUCGAACAUUUUUCUUGAACAAGAGCUCUUUGAACAAAGCAAAGCCUCACAUGCAGAUCACCGUGUGAGAAAACACAAUUCUCCCCCUCCUCAACAUCAGGAUUAUGUAGCUCCAAAUCUCCCUUGUCGUAUUUUUCUUGAAAAACGAGAACUCUUUAAACAAAGCAAGACCCAACAUAAAGAUAAUCAGUUGAGAGAAAACCACUCUCCCCUUCCUCAAAGUCAGGAUUAUAUAGCUUCAGACCUUCCUUCUCCCAUUUUUCUUGAACAACGUCAGCUCUUUGAGCAAAGCAAAGCCCCAGAUGUAGAUCACCACAUGGGAAAACACCAUUCUCCCCUUCCUCAAGGUCAGGAUUGUAUAGUAGAAAAGAAUAAUGAACAUAAGCCUAAAUUACACAUUUCUGAUAUGAUAAAUGUUGAAGCCAAAUUCAGUGAUGUGGCCUCCCCAUCAGCACCAAAUCAAUGUACAGUAGUAACAUCUGCAUCUACUCCACCUUCAAAUAGAAAAGCACUUUCUUGUGUUCGUAUAACUCUUUGUCCCAAGACUCCUUCCAAGUUGGAUAGUGGAACCUUAGAUAAAAGAUUUCAUUCAUUGGAUCCUGCCUCUAAAACAAGGAUGAAUAGUGAGUUUAACUCUGACCUACAGACUGUAUCUUCAGAAUCAUUGGAACCAACCUCCAAAUUAUUGACCAGUAAACCUGUAGCACAGGAUCAAGAAUCUUUAGGUUUUCUAGGACCUAAAUCUUCACUGGACUUCCAAGUUGUACAGUCUCCUCUUCCAGAUAGUAAUAUUAUUUCUCAGGACUUGAAAACCAUACCUUUUCAGAAUAGCCAGAUAGUAACCUCAAGGCAAACACAAGUGAACAUUUCAGAUUUGGAAGGAUAUUCCAAUCCAGAAGGGACUCCGGUAUCUGCAGUUCGAUCACCAAAGGAGAUUAAGACCCCGUUUUCUCCCUUCUCUGGAAAAUUAUCAUCUGAUGCAGUCACUCAGAUAACAACAGAAAGUCCAGGAAAAGCCAUGUUUUCAUCUGAGAUUUUUGUUAAUGCUGAAGAUCGUGGACAUGAUAUUCCAGAGCUCAGUACACAGAAGUUGGGCAAAGUUCCUGUCAAGUUUGCUUCACCAUCUUCAGUCCAACAGAUUACUGUUCCUCAUGGCACAGAUGGCCAGCCUUUACUGUUGCCAUAUAAGCCUUCUGGUAGUACAAAGAUGUACUAUGUUCCCCAGUUAAGACAAAUUCCUUCAUCUCUGGAUUCCAAGUCAGACACCACCAUUGAGAGCUCACACUCAGGAUCCAAUGAUGCCAUUGCUCCAGACUUCCCAGCUCAGGCGCUAGGCACAAGGGAUGAGGACGUGGCAGACACUGUUAACAUUAAACAUAAAGAGGGGAUCUACAGUAAGAGGGUGGUAACUAAGGCAUCCUUGUCAAUGGGGGAAAAACACUUUCAGAAAGAUAAUGCAGAUGCUCAAGUUCAAGUUCUCAUCACUGGGGAUGAGGACCUCUCAGACAAAAACCAAAAAAAGGAGAUCUACAGUAAAAGGGCAGUGACCGAGGCUGCUCGAUCUGAAGAAAAAGAAUCCUUGCAGAAAGACACUACAGGUUCCAGUGCUGCUGCUGCUUCAGAGCAGUCAGCUCAACUACAAGACACGAAGAUUGAUAAUCUACCAGACACUAAAGCCAUUAAACAGGAAGAGGAGAUCCACAGUAAGAGGACAGUUCCUAAGGAAGCCUGGCCCGAAGAGAAGAAAUCCUUGCAAAUAGAUAUUGCAGAGUCCAGAUGUCAUUCAGAAUUUGAAAAUACCACCCAUUCUGUCUUCAGGUCAGCUAAGUUUUACUUUCAUCAUCCAGUGCACCUACCAAGUGAUCAAGAUUUUUGCCAUGAACCCUUAGGAAGAAGAGUUUUCAUGAGGCAUUCUUGGAAAGAUUCCUUUCAGCAUCAUCCAGACAAACAAAGAGAACACACUUUUCUUCCUUCCUCUUAUCAAAAUGUGGCAAAGACAAAGUCAGAUUUUACCACAAUAGAGCGCCUCAGUAUCAAUGUAAACUUGGAAAACAAAGAAGUACAGCAUACUACUAAAAGUCAGGCUAGAGAUUUUCCAAAAUAUGACAAACAAGUUAAUGACCUAAAAAGGGAUCAUAAGGCCACCCCAGAGUUAGCAGCUCAGCACACUGUGAGUUUAAAUGAACUCUGGAACAGGUAUCAGGAGCGACAGAGGCAACAGAAACCUCCUGAGUUCAGUGCCAAGAAGGAACUUUCCUUGGUGGAGCGACUUGAUCGUUUGGCGAAACUUCUUCAACAUCCCAUCACACAUUCUCUGCAGCCCUCAGAAAGUACACAGGAUGAUAGCAAGGGGGAACAGGAUGUUAAGGAAUGCAGUGGUAGACAGCAACAGCAGAACAACAAGCUUCAGAAAAAGAAACGGUAUAAAAGCCUGGAGAAAUGCCAUAAAAACACAGGUGAUCUUAAAAAAAACAAGGUUCUUUCUACUCAUCAAGCUGGGAGGUCCAAUCAGAUUAAAAUUGAACAGAUUAAAUUUGAUAAAUAUAUUCUGAGAAAACAGCCAGGUUUUCAUUAUAUAAAUAACACUUCUUCAGAUUCUAGACACUCAGAGGAGAGUGAGCUGCUCACAGAUACUGCCACCAACAUCCUUUCCACCACCACUUCUGUGGAAUCAGAUAUAUUGACCCAAACAGAUAAGGAAGUGACUCUGCAUGAGAGGAGCAGCUCUAUUUCCACCAUUGAUACUGCCCGACUGAUCCAUGCUUUUGGCCAUGAAAGAGUUUGUUUGUCACCCAGGCGAAUUAAAUUAUACAGCAGCAUCACCGACCAUCAGAGGAGAUACCUUGAGAAGCGGAGCAAGAAAAACAAGAAACCAUUGAAUACAGGUUAUCCCCAAAUUACUUCAGAGCACAACAGAAGGAAACACGUCCAGGUGACAGACCAUAUUUCUUCUGACUCUGUUUCGUCUUCUACCAGCAGUUUCUGGAGCUCGAGCUCUACCCUUUGCAACAAGCAAAAUGUACAUAUGUUAAAUAAGGGCAUACAAGCAGGUACCUUGGAGAUUGUGAAUGGUGUCAGAAAACACACUCGAGAUGUUGGAAUGACUUUCCCAACUCCAAGUUCUAGCGAGGCUAGAGUAGAAGAGGACAGUGAUGUGACUUCUUGGUCAGAAGAAAAGAUAGAAGAGAAAAGGCUCCUUACCAAUUAUCUUGGGGACAGAAAGUUAAGGAAGAAUAAGCAGAGCUGCUGGGAAGGAGUUUCAUGGUUUGUUCCUGUGGAAAAUGUGAAGUCUGGUCCUAAGAAGGAAAACCUGCCCAAGUUUCAUGGCCCUGGUGUCUCCUGGUUUGCACCAAUAACCAACACCACACCUUGGAGGGAGCCACUACAGGAACAGAACUGGCAAGGACAGCACAUGGACAGCCACAGUUCACUAGCAGGCCCAGGCAGAGAUCCACUGAAGCCAUUUGUGAGAGCAACCCUACAGGAAUCACUGCAACUUCACAGACCUGACUUCAUCUCCCGCUCUGGGGAACGGAUAAAGCGCCUGAAGUUUAUAGUCCAGGAGAGGAAGCUGCAGAACAUGUUACAGAGUGAACGGGAGGCACUGUUCAACACUGUGCGAGGAUGGCAGGGCCACCGGGAUGCCACGCACAUGCUCCCUGAGAGAGGCUUCCUGGCUGCCCAAAAGAAAAGGCCUGUUGGAAAGAAGGAAAUGAUUCAGCGGUCUAAAUGGAUUUAUGAACAGCUUCCAGAAGUACAGAAAAAGAGAGAAGAGGAAAAGAGGAGAUCGGAAUAUAAGUCAUACCGGCUGCGAGCCCAGCUAUAUAAAAAGAAAGUGACCAAUCAACUCUUGGGGAGAAAAGUUCCUUGGAACUGACAUAAGAGUAUUUACCUCAGAGCCUUGGAAUUAUAUUUUAUCAGCCUGGAGGAGCACAAUCCUUACUUUUAUGAGUCUGGUUUAAUAAAACUUAUCUUGUU